AUGGGCUUCAAAUUCAACAAUCCCCUCGCCGUCAACGAGGACCGGCCAACGCCAAAGGCUGUGUACAAUUAUCGAGUCUAUCUAUGUGCUGCGAUCGCCUCUUUCGCAUCAUGCAUGAUCGGAUACGACUCUGCCUUUAUCGGCACCACCAUCGCGCUGCCAUCCUUCCGGUCCGAGUUCAAGUUUGACUCGUACCUCCCCGCCGACCUCGCCCUCCUCCAGGCCAACAUUGUUUCCGUCUACCAGGCCGGUGCCUUCUUUGGCAGUCUCUUCGCAUAUGUCACCUCCUGGUACCUCGGCCGCCGCUGGUCUCUCAUCAUCUACAGCUUGGUUUUCUCGCUGGGCGCCGGCAUGAUGCUGGGCGCCAACGGCGAUCGCGGUCUUAGCCUCAUCAUUGCCGGCCGUGUCCUUGCCGGUGUCGGUGUCGGUGCCUGCUCCAACAUGGUCCCCAUCUACUGCGCCGAACUGUCCCCACCACCCAUCCGCGGUCGUCUCGUGGGCAUUUACGAGCUUGGGUGGCAGAUUGGUGGCCUCGUCGGCUUCUGGAUCAACUACGGCCUUACCCAGACGAUGGCCCCGAGCCACACCCAGUGGAUCAUCCCUUUCGCCGUUCAGCUCAUCCCUUCCGGCCUGCUCUUUAUCGGUGCAUUCUGGCUCCCCGAAUCUCCUCGCUGGCUGUUCUCCAAGGGCCGCCGUGACGAGGCCAUGAAGAACCUUUGCUGGCUGCGUCAGCUCGAGCCCACCGACAUCUACAUGAUCGAGGAAGUCAAGUACGUCGAUGACGAGUUGGAGCGCUACAACCAGAACAUCGGCCCCGGCUUCUGGGCUCCCUUCGUCUGCCUCAAGCAGGGCAAGGUCCAGUACAGACUGUUCCUCGGCGGCAUGAUGUUCCUGUGGCAGAACGGCUCCGGCAUCAACGCCAUCAACUACUAUUCGCCCACCGUCUUCAAGAGCAUCGGCAUUACCGGCACCAGCACUGGCUUCCUGACCACCGGCAUCUUCGGUGUCGUCAAGACCGCCAUCACCAUCAUCUUCAUCCUCUUCCUCAUUGAGACUGUUGGCCGUCGCAGGCUUCUCAUCAUCGGCUCCGUCGGUGGCUCGCUUUGCAUGUGGUUCAUUGGUGCCUACAUCAAGGUCGCCAACCCGGCUGCUGUCGCCAACACUGGCGGUCCCAUGACGUCUGGUGGUAUCGCGGCCGUCUUCUUCUUCUACCUCUGGACUGCCUUCUAUUCACCCACCUGGAACCCUCUCCCCUGGGUCUACAACUCGGAAAUGUUCGACGAGAACUCGCGCUCCAUCGGCCAGGCCUCUGCCGCCGCCAACAACUGGUUCUGGAACUUCAUCAUCUCGCGCUUCACCCCGCAGAUGUUCCUCACCAUGGGCUACGGCGUCUACUUCUUCUUCGCCUCGCUCAUGAUCAUGUCGGCCACCUUUGUCUUCUUCCUCAUGCCCGAGACCAAGGGCCUCCCGCUCGAGGCCAUGAACCGCCUCUUCGAGGUCAAGCCCACGCGCAAGGCCCACGCCAUUGUCCUCGAGGAGCUCCGCGCCCAGGAGGAGGAGUUCCGCCACAACGCGGGCAUCGACUCGGGCUCGGUCGAGGAGGAGAAGCACGGGGUUGCCAAGCAGCAGGAGCAGGUCUAA